AUGAUCGCUCAAACCAUUUUCGCUACCGCCCUCAUCGCCUCUGUUUCGGCCGGAUGGGAAGACAAGAGCAAGAUUGGCUCAUGUAACACCGGCAAAGUUUCAUGCUGCGACUUGAACAAGAAGGCUCAAUCUAGCACCGGCAAGGAUGACUCUCUCAUCUCCACUGGUGACAUUGCUUCUCAAAUCGGUGUUCAGUGUGACCAAGUCCCUCUCCUUAUCGGUGUUGCAUUGCAAGAUGAAUGUAAAAACACCCCAGUCUGUUGCGAGGACAUGGAAUCAGAUGGUCUCAUUGGUUUGGGCUGUACCCCUCUCCCAAUCAUUUAA